CUUCUUGAAUUUCAUCUGUUUGUGGGGAUUUGCCCACUCAUUUUGAGAGGAAGAAAAGUUGAUUAUCAUUCCAACGGAGCCAGUGCUCUUCAGUGCUUCAGGAAUAUGAGGGAGGUGAAAAAAGAUGAACAAGUCCAUGGAGUUUGUGGUGUCAAUAUAUCACUGAAAAAGUUGUACCAGUUGUUGAUGCCAAAGGGGUGUAGCCAAAAGACAAACUUCCAGAAGGAAUAAAAACCAAGAAAAGCUACCCUGUGCAUCUGUGGUUGAGCAUCAAGAAGAUUAAGAGAAACAACUCUAAUUAGGGACAUCAGAUGUUGUUUGUAGUAGCUUUCGGGCGAAUGUUCAUUUCCUGAUAUCCAGUGAUGGGAAACCAAAGCAGCAGAAUCAGUGACCUGCUUGUACGUGUCCUCGACAACCUUUCUCAGGGAGACUUCAAAAGAUUUAAAGACAAACUAUCACACUCUGCCCUUAAGGGGAAAGGUAACAUCCCUCGAGGUUGUCUGGACAAUGCCAACAGGAUAGAUACUAAGAACCUCCUGAUGAAAUUCUAUGGUGGAAAGGCUGCAGUAGAUGUAACCAUAGAUGUUUUCACUCAGAUCGACCUCCGAGAUUCUGCUGCUAAACUCAGAGAAGGAAAAGAGAAAGGUUACAGGAAGAAGUAUAAAGAAGAUGUUAAAAACAAGUAUGAAGUCAUACAAAACAUGAUGAGUCUUACUACUGACAAUGUGAUUCUAAACAGAAGAUAUCCGAAGCUGAUUAUUCUAGACGACCCUCAUCAUGCAAAGGAGAGAGAACAUGAAAUAAUGGCCAUGAGUCAGAGAGAUAAAGAAAUCAAAAUUAAACAAGCUUGUUCUGCAGUUACGAUAGACACCCUAUUUACACGUGAUAAACAAGGACAAACACCACAAAUUGUUGUGCUGCUGGGAGCUGCAGGGAUUGGGAAAACGAUGACAACAAGAAAGAUCAUGUGUGAUUGGGCAGCUGGGGAACUCUAUAAGAAAAAGUUUGAUUAUGUUUUCUACAUAAACUGCAGAGAAACAAACCUUACUGAGCAGGGAAGUGUGGUUGACAUGAUUUUUAAAAAUUUGCCUAAUACAAAUGCCCCAGUUAAUGAGAUUUUGAUGAAGCCAGAAAAACUCUUGUUCAUAAUUGAUGGCUUUGAUGAACUGAGAUUCUCUUUUGAUCAAACAGAAAAUCUGUGCUCUGAUCCCUGGGAGAAGAAGCCAGUGGAAAUCAUACUGAGCAGUUUAUUCAGGAAAACGAUUCUUCCCCAAUCCUACUUGCUAAUCACCUCAAGACUGACUGCUCUGGAGAAACUCUUGCAGUGUUUGGAAUGCUCACGUUAUGCAGAGAUCCUGGGGUUUUCUGAAGCUGACAGGAAAGAAUAUUUCCACAAGUUCUUUGGAAACAAGAAACAAGCAAGACAAGCGUUACAAUUUGUGAAAGCAAAUGACAUUCUCUUCACUAUGUGCUUUAUUCCCAUCAUGUGUUGGAUCAUCUGCACUGUUGUGAAACAACAGCUUGAAAAAGGUGAGGAUCUUGCACAAACUUCAAAGUCAGUCACUGAAGUGUACGUGCUCUACCUUUCCAGUUUAGUCAAGCCUCUCCGCAGCAAUUUGAAGCAACACAUGCAAGCUAACCUGAAGGGACUUUGUUCUUUAGCUGCUUAUGGCAUCUGGAAACGGAAGAUACUGUUUGAGGAAGCAGAACUCAAGAAAUUUGGCUUAAAUCAAGCUGACUCUUUCCCCCUGUCUUUGAAUAAGAACAUUUUCCAAAAAGAUAUUGACUGUGUGAAUGCCUACAGCUUCAUUCACUUAAGCUUUCAGGAGUUUUUUGCAGCUUUGUUUUAUGUGCUGGAGGAAGAUGAAGAAACAAUGGAAGAUUCAGGGACUCCCAAGAAAGAUGUGAAAACAUUAUUAGAAAACUAUGGAAACUCUAGAAAUUACUUAAUGUUAACAGUGCGAUUCCUGUUUGGUCUCUUAAAUGAAGAAAUAAUGCAAAUCAUGGAGGAAAAAUUUUCCUGUAAAAUUUCACCUAAAAUUAAGCCAGAUUUGCUGAAGUGCAUUCAAACAAACCAACAAAAAUAUUUACCUUUGUCCAAUGUGGAUCAGGAGACAUGUCGUAUUUAUAACCUUGAGGAGUUUCACUGCAUGUUUGAGAUGUAUGAAGAAAACUUUGUGAAAAGUGCAUUGGAUCAUGUCACUGCACUAACGUUAGAUUCAAAUAAACUUACCCAAAUGGAUCAAAUGGCUUUUUCAUUCUGUGUAAAAAAUUGUCAUCGACUGGAGUCACUUUGCAUAUCUUACUGUACAUUUGCUUUUGGGGACCAUGGGGAAGAUGUGCUUCCAAGACGACAGAAGUGGCUAUAUCAGAUACAGCAUUGGGAUGAGCCGAAGCAUUCGCCUAUUUAUCUGCUCUGUCAAGUUUUGAAGGAUCCACACUGUAAAUUAAAGAAACUGAAGCUUGUGAAUUGCUCUCUCACAGCCAGUUGUUGCAGGGAUCUCUCCUCUGUUCUCAAUACCAAACCAACCCUGACAGAAUUGGACCUGUCAGAUAAAGUCCUGGGAAACUCAGGAAUUAAACUGUUGUGUGAGGGACUGAAACAUCCAAACUGCAAAGUGCAGAAACUGAGAUUGCAAUAUUGCUGCAUUACAGGUGCUGCCUGUGGGGAUCUCGCUGCUGUUCUCAGAACCAACCAGAGCCUGACAGAGCUGAACUUGAAUGGUAAUCCUCUGGGAGAUUCUGGAGUGCAGCGGCUGUGUGAGGGACUGAAACAUCCCAGCUGCAACUUGCAAAGACUGUGGUUGGAAGGCUGUCAUCUCAAAGACACUUGUGGUAGGGAUCUCGCUGCUGUUCUCAGAACCAAACAGAGCCUGACAGAGCUGGAGAUGUGUCAUAAUUAUGAUCUGAGAGAUACUGCGGUGCAACAGCUGUGUGAGGGACUGAAACAUCCAAACUGCAAAUUGCAGAGAUUGAUUUUGAACCGGUGCAAUCUCACUGACGCUUGUUGUGGGGCUCUCUCUUCGGUUCUCAGCACCAGCCAGACCUUGACAGAGCUAGUCUUGGGGUAUAACAAAGUGGGAGAUCCAGGAGUGCAGCUGCUGUGUGAGGGACUGAAACAUCCCAACUGCAGACUGCAGAUAUUAAAUUUGCCUCUCUGUGAGCUCACAGCAGCUUGUUGUGGGGAUCUCGCCUCUGCUCUCAGCACCAACCAGACCCUGACAGAACUAAAUAUAGGGGGCCACUCAUUGGGGGCUUCAGGCAUGCAGCGGCUGUGUGAGGGGCUGAAACAUCCAAACUGUAAACUACAGAAACUAGGAUUGUGGAGUUAUGACAUCAUAGCCGAUCUUAAUGCAGGAGAUUCAAGAGCAAUGGUACUGUGUGGUGGCCUGAGGUUUGUAAGCUGUGAUCUUCGGAACUUCUUAAUGAACUGUUUCGAUAUAAGCGAAGAGAAACAUCCAGAGCUGUAUGCUGUGAAAAAGAUAAAACCUGAGCUGUACAUAUGGUAGGUCAGUGAUACUCAGACCUCAGUGGUUCAGGAGACAAAUAUUUAGUUUUUUUAUAUAA